AUGAAACCUUUCAGAACUCACGGCGCCGCCGAGUGGGGCGAGGAGCCCUCGCCGAGCAGGUCCGUCUCCACAGCCUCCGGCAGCACCUGCAGCGACGGGGUGCCGGCGGUCCCGCCCUGGUGGACGCUCGUGUGGUGCCACGAGCGCUGCCACAAGCAGGGGUGCGACGGGGAGCGGGCCGCCAUCACGGACACGGUCCAGGACGCGGGCGCCACCCUGGUCUGCCUCAAGAAGGCGACGAGGUUCUCCUCGUGGAUGAAGCAGGCCGGCCAGUCUCCCUACGGCCUCUUGACAGACUGGAGGGAGGCCAAGCCGUGCAUGGAGGCCAUAGAGACGUGCUCGCCGAGCGACCGACCAGCCUUCCUCGUGGUCUACUGCGAGUUGCCGAGGUGCCGCGAGCGCGCCACCGCGUGGGCCAGCGCCCGGCCCUGUGGGGCGACGCCAGUGCCGCAUCCUCGCCGAUCUGGACCACCUGUCGUUCUGCCUGAAUGCCUUGGUCGCCAAUCUGGCUCUCGGCAGGGCCCUGCGCGGCCACCCCAGUGCGGCGCCCUGUGGCGGGCGCCCGUAUGGGCAGCAGCUUGGCGUCGGGAGCUCGCCCGACCAGCGCCUCGCCGCCCAGGCCGCCGUGGCCGCCGCGGACGAGGACCACCUCCUGGAGGCGCGGUACGAGAGGAUGAGGAAGAACCGCGACUCGAUGUGGCUGCCGUGCUGGGCCAGCGCACCGACCCACGGCGCGGUGCACGAGCCGUGGCGCCAUCACUCCAGGCCUGCGGCGUGGUGCCCGCGCACUUCCAGCAGGCCCCGCUGCAGCCAGUGGCGGCAGGCUGCGUGUACGUCCGUGUGGAGUGCGCAGAGGCUCCAGCGGUGCAGGGGCGCGGCUCGCAGCAGAUCGAAGCGAUGCUGGUCAGCGCGAUGCCAGACCACUACGACGACUGA